GUCGAGUAAAAACACAUCUAACCCCCUAGGCCCUAGCGUAAAACCGAUCUCUCGCUUAUAUACUCCGCCGUCGCCGUCGCUUACAUACUUUCCGCCCUACAGCUACCACACAGAUCUGUCGCCGUCCGUUUGUCUCCGUCGUCAGACAUCACCACCGUCUCCGUCGCCAGACAUCACCACCGUCUCCGUCGCUUCCUCUGAUCUGUCUGCGCCUUCAGAUCUGUCUCCGUCGCCUUCCCCGUACGUCGCUGCGCCUUCAGAUCUGUCUCUCUCUUUCUCUCUUAAGAUAUGGAUCGAAGUUGGAUGUAUGAGAAACGCACUACACUUAAAUAUAUGCAAGGGGUUCAAGAGUUUAUACAAUAUGCUGAAAAAAAUAAAAGUAAAAAGACCGAAGAAUUUAUAGUCUGCCCGUGUUGUGAUUGUAAAAAUUUGAGAGGAUUUCGUAGUUCUGAGCAAGUGAAGAGUCAUUUGAUACGCCGUGGUUUUAAGAAAGGGUAUAGUCGAUGGGUAUGGCAUGGUGAAAACUUAUAUCCUAGUAUAAGUGCUACUAAGAAUGAAGAUCAUGUAAACAGUGAAUCUCAUGCAGAAAGUGACAGUCAUGCAAAUAGUCAAACUAAUGCAAAUAAUGAAGAGAAUGAUGAAACUCGUGCUAGCAAUGAUGAGAAUGAUGAAGAUAAUGACCGAAUGGAUGAAAUGAUGCAUGAUGUGCAGGGAGAUUUUAGUGAAAUGCCUCCGGAAUUUAAAAGAUUGUUUGACAAUGUUGAAAAACCUUUGUUCUCUGGAUGUACUAACUUUACUGAGUUAACUGCUGCGCUUAAAUUGUAUAAUUUAAAAGCAAAGAAUGGAUGGAGCGAUAAGAGUUUCACUGGAUUAUUAGAAUUACAAAAAGACAUGGUUGCUAGUGAUAAUGAACUUUCUAAUUCAAUCUACAAAGCAAAGACAACAAUGUCUGAUCAGUCUGCAUCUACCUUUGCUUCAGACCCUACAUCUGUGUCUGCGCCUAAAAGAAGAGGCCCCAACACUAGAGGCCCCAACAAUUGCAAAAAUUUGAAGAAGAAGAAGAAGACAGAAGAUGUUUCAAUUGAAUUUGAUGAGUACAAUAGGCCAAUCGGACCAUAUUCGAAACAAUUUGUGUCUUAUAUUGGGAUUUCGGUUCGUUCAAAAGUUGAUAUCAACAUCAACAAUUGGCAUAGUGUAGAUCAAUGCAUUAAGGAUACGAUUUGGAAAGAUGUUAAGAAAGAGUUUGCUAUUCAAGAUGAUUCAAAGAAGAAUGUGGUGUUGAAAAUUGCAUCAUCGAGGUGGAAAGAUUUCAAAAGUAGAUUGCUACGUGAAUAUGUUGUCAAUAAGCACCCAAAUUAUGAAUCACCCGUACAGGUUUAUGACUACUUGACUGAAGAGCAAUGGGCAAGAUUUGUUGCAGACCGGGAAAGCGAGCAGUUUAAGGAAAUACGUCAGAAGGCGAGGGAACGAUGUGCAUUAAAUGAGCAUCCACACUUCUUAGGUUCUGCUGGAUAUGCGGGUAAACGGCUAGAGUGGAUGAUAUCAGACCCUCUAUCUUCACAACCUUCGUGUGCAUCUAUUAGCUCGUCCUUGGUGUUUGAGGAUCGUAGUUUUGAUUGGGUACGAGCAAGAGUCAAAAAAUCAAAAGAUGGAAGUUAUUACAUUCCGAAUGAAAAAACACAGGAAGUGUUUCAUAAGAUUGUAGACAAAUGUGAAGAAGUUAGUAAAGGGUCAUUUCAACCGAAAAGACAUCAUGAUAUAUUGUCAGCAGCUCUUGGUAAGGAAGAUUAUUCGGGUUCUGUAAGAGGAGUUGGUAAAUACUCCACCAUACGGGAUGUGUUUGGUAAACCAGAGCGAAAACAGGUUAUUACGGUUGAUGAUGUCAAAAAAUUGAUGGAGAAAUGCAAGCAAGAUACAGUGUUAGAUGUGCAAUCCAAGAUCGAUAUCCUCAACCAGCAACUCAAUAUUUUGAUGAGGAACAUGUCGACGACACAUCCACUUCCACAAGAUGCUUCGGUUGGAACUCCUCAAAGUGUCCAUGUGCCUUUUGAUCUAUCUCCUAUCCAUAGCAGUUGUCAUUCAAUUGAUGCAUAUCCAGUUACCACAAUUAAGGAAAAUGUCAAAAUAAGUUCACCAAGACAAAAUAAAAAAAAUGAAAAUCAAAGUGGUGAAGUAUGUACUAUUGGUACACGACCUCCAAUUGUUGGCGAUGAUGUUUUACAGCAUUUGGGGGACAAUUGCAAGCAGUUAGUCAAUUUGUUGAUAUUUUUACCUUCUGGUAAAGACUACAUUGAUUUGGAGAUAGAUCAAACAAUCUUCCAUCAUAGAAACGUGAGUAAUAUUUAUGUGAUGAUGGAGGAUAUACAGGAUUUAUUGAUGAUGAAUUGGCUUGACGUCUCAAUUAUACAAGUGUUUAUAUUAUUUCUUAAUCGAUUGUGUAAUGAGUCUGGAGUCACGUCAAUUGGGUUUGCGUGUCCAACUCAGAUUUCAGAGGAUAUGGUUAACUUAAAUUCUGCUGCCGUUACAACAUAUCUCAUUCAUGUCAUGGACCAGCACAAGAACAAACAAUUCAUUUUAGCACCCUAUCAUCAAGAACACCAUUGGUUACUUCUUGUGAUUUGCGUAUGUUCAAGAAACGUAUAUGUGUUUGAUCCCAAGGCUUGUAAUCGCACCAUUGAAGUUAAACCUUGUGUGAAUAUUGCAUUUCGAUCUCUUCGUACAAACGGACGAGGGCCUAGGACUGGCAAUUGGAAGCAAUGCAAAUGUCCGCAACAACCGGGAGGUGUUGAGUGUGGAUAUUAUGUAUUGCGAUACAUGUAUGAGAUGGUGACAAAAUAUUCAUCAAUUGACUGUUUAGAUGAGGUAUUUGAACAAAAUUCGUACUCUAUCAACGAAAUAGAUGAGAUUCGAGACUUGUGGGCAAAACACUUUUUGGAAGAGUGUGUGUAACUUUUUUUUUUUUUUUUUUUUUUUUAAAUAUUAAAUAUUAUCUUUUAUCUUAAUUAGUUAAGUAUUGUACGUUAUUAAUUGAUAUAAUGUCAUGUUGAACAAUUGUCUUGAUUUUAAUUUUAAAUGUGUGUUGAUUCUUA